GCAACUGCUGUCAAUUUGGUUGCUGGAGAAAAACCUGCUGAUGUUUACUCAGGAAUAGCUGCUAGAGUUCUAGAUAUAAUGAGGAAAGAUGCUCAGAAAGAUCCUGAAGUAUUUCCAGAUGCACUGUGUGCAAGGCUUUUAAUCAAUCAGGUGGACAAGAAAUUAGUGAAGCAGACAGUGAUGACAUCAGUGUAUGGUGUAACUUACAUUUGUGCUCGGGAUCAGAUCAAGAGAAGGUUGAAGGAACGUAAUGCCAUCGCAGAUGAUACAGAGCUCUUUGGUGCAGCCUGUUAUGCUGCAAAAAUCACAUUGACUGCAUUGGGAGAGAUGUUUCAAGCUGCUCGUAGUAUCAUGGGCUGGCUCGGUGACUGUGCAAAGGGAAAUGAUAUGCAUAGGACAAAGUUGCUAAACAUUUGAAGUGGCUAAAACAAUAUCGAUGGGGCCAUCAUUGAAAAGUGGAUCAAAAGUUGGGAAAAGUGGAUCAAAAGUUCACGAACCAGACCAGCACCCUCCCCAACAUAUUUCUUAGCAAGUUCACGAAGCUAAAUUGUACAAGACUACUUGGCAGUAUGAGCAUUUUUUGGAGGAUUAAAUAUUUGUGGAUAGAUGUGUAUGGAUAACAAAUAUUAGUAGUUUUAUUUGUUGAUAGCUGCGCAUGGAUAACAAAUAGUUAUGUUUCAAAUUGUUAUGCUAGAUGGAUGUGACUUGUGAAUGAAAACUUAGAAUAGUUGUAUUGUGUCGAA